GAAGAACAUUAAAAUCUAAGAUGAAAACAUUAUCUGCAUCUAAGUAUAAAAUUAAUGAAUUCAGACAAAAGAAGCUUGGAUUGUUGAAAGAUAAAUAUAAAAGAAUUAAACGGUACAGAGAGAGGGUAUUGCGCCGAAAUUUGAAGAAAACUUUAAAAAGAUGUGAGUAUUUUUCAAAAUUUGAUGAUGUUUUAAAAGAAUUUAGAGAUAUUGUGUGUCAUGGACCGGAAUAUGUUUGUGCUGUCUGCUUUAAACUUCUUUUUAAAAAUCAAGUUAAGAAAUGUGCUAUUAACAAUUAUAAACUUCAGAUGUAUAUUAGUACCAAGUACUUGCAUGUUUGUGAUUCAGGUUGUAAGAAAGAAUGUUCAAUAUAUCAUUCAUCAAGGUCAUCACUGUGGAUAUGUUUCACUUGUCACAGAAAAUUACAAAGUGGUACAGUACCUGCUGAAGCUAAUAUGAAUAAUUUGGAAUUGCAAGAGAUUCCAGAAGAACUUGCUCACCUUAACAGUUUAGAACAGCAUUUGAUAGCAUUGAAUAUUCCUUUUAUGAAAUUAUUAGCGCUCCCUAAAGGUGGUCAAAAUGGUAUUCAUGGUCCUGUUGUGUGUGUCCCUUCAAAUACGUAUGAAACUGUUAAUGUUUUACCUAGAUCACAAACUGAAGAUCAAUUAAUCCGUGUCAAACUCAAAAGAAAGUUGUCUUACAAAGGUCAUUAUGAGUAUAAAUUUGUAAACAAAUCUAAAAUUCUGAGAGGAUUACAUUACUUGAAAAUGAAUAACAAAUAUUAUGUUAAUGUUCAUGUGAAUGAUCAGUGGGAAAAUGUGAUGAAACCGACUGAAAACGAUGAUGAAACUGAAGAAGUCAUUGAGAUCAAUAAUAAAUGCCGAUUACGGGAAUUUUUAAAGGGACAAGAACAACAAUUGCAGAAUAUCCUGUCACAUGAUGAAAUUGAGGGUGAAAUUCAUCAAAAUAUUGAUACAAAUACAAAAGAUUCAGAUAAAAGUGACAUUGAAGAUGAAGAAGACCGAUUUCAUGGUAGUCACUUAAAUUCAUGUCUACAACCUGCUGAUAUUGGACAAGAAAUCCUAGAUCAGUAUUUUGACGAGAUAAUAUGCUGUGCUCCUUGUGAAGGAAAAACUCCUAUACGUCUUUUGCAAGAUGAAACAAACGAAGCAAAGUGCUUUCCAGUGUUGUUUCCUCAAGGUCAACCAACAUACCAUGAUAAAAGAGAUCAGAAGCUAACAUUAGGACGCUAUUUGCACAACCGAUUGAUGCAUGUUGAUAAUAGAUUUGCUCAAAAUACAGACUACAUAUUUUAUGCGCAAUAUAGUUAUGAAAUUCAGCAGGUUUUGUCUCAGGUUUCCAUUGCAUUAAGACAAAGUCGCAGCAAGAAAGAUAAUUCAUCAUCAAUUAAGGCUUCAGAUUUGAAAUGUGCCGAGAAAAUACAAAACAUUUUAAAAUCAGACAGAGGAUAUAAAUUCCUUAAACAGAUUCGAGGUACACCUCCUUACUGGCAAAAGACACAGAAAGAUAUAUUGGCAAUGGUACGACAACUUGGAAAGCCAACAUGGUUUGCAUCAUUUUCAUGUGCAGAUAUGAGAUGGCCAGAAAUGAUCAACACUUUGUUAAGACAACAGGGAGAUAGCAGAAAACCUAGUGAGUUAGAUUGGGCUGAAAAAUGUAAUCUCAUUAGAUCCAAUCCUGUUACAGUUGCUAGGAUGUAUGAUAAAAGAUUUAAUACUUUUUUGAAGAAGGUAAUUUUGUCACCAGCUGCACCGAUUGGUAUCAUUGAUGAUUUUGCAUUCCGCCACGAAAGCCAAAGUCGAGGUUCAAUUCACACGCACAUUUUGCUAUGGGUGAGACAUGCUCCAGAGCUGGGAAAAGACAAAGAUGAAGAGGUUGUACAAUUUAUUGACAAGUACAUUUCUUGUUUAAAUCCAGAUAAAAAUGAAGAUGAAGAAUUGCAUGAAAUAGUAUCUUCAGUUCAGCAACACAGCAAGAAGCAUUCAAAGUCUUGUAAAAAAAAAGGAACUGUGUGUAGAUUUAAUUUCCCAAGACCCCCUUCUGAAAAAACAUUCAUUAUUAAAGUUAAAGACAAAGAUUCAUCAAAACACGAGGAGACAUGUAAACCCCCCAAAAAGAAUGAAAAUCAAGCAGAUGCUAAGAACAGUCGUAAAAGCGAUGCAAAUGAGUUGUUGAAUUCUGUUAAAAAUGCUCUGUCUGAUGGAACUGAAUUUAACAGUGCAAAGCAACUUUUUGACAAACUUGGUAUUACUCAAAGUCAAUUUCAGAAUGCACAUAAUGAAAUUGCAUCCCAAGAGAGUAUCAUCAUCAAAAGAAACCCUGCUGAUGUAUGGAUAAAUCAAUUUAACCCAGAUUUAUUGAGAGCUUGGAAUGCCAAUAUGGACUUACAGUAUGUAACAAAUGCAUACGCAUGUGUUGUUUAUAUAGUAUCUUACAUGUCAAAAGCUGAACGAGAAAUGGGACUACUUUUGAGUCAAACUCUUUCUGAGAUGGCUGAUGGAAAUAAAAAUGCCAAAGAUAGUAUGAAACAACUUGGUCAUGUUUACCUGCAAAAUCGUGAAGUAUCGGCCCAAGAGAGUGUAUUUCGUGUUUGUAGCCUUAAAUUGAAGGAAUAUUCUCGAAAAGUAGAAUUCAUAUCUGUUGGUCCAGACCCAAUAAGGAUGAGUUUACCAUUAAGUGUGAUAAAAAGCAGACCAGAUUGUGAUAAUGAUGAUGAUGAGAACAUCUGGAUGCCCAGCAAAAUAGAAAGAUACAAAGCCCGUCCCAGAAAUGCAACAUUUAUCAAUAUGUGCCUUGCUAAUUUCUGCUCUCAAUAUAGAAUAUUGACCGCAUGUCAAAAAAUUAAUAAGAGAAGUGAACAUGUUUUUCCGCUUCAAAAUAAUUUAGGAUAUAUUCAAAAACGAACGCGUACUAAAGAUGCUGUAAUAAGGUAUCCAAGAUUUUCAGUCACUGCUUCACCUGAAAAUUAUUACAUGAGCAUACUACAGCUUUUUCUGCCGCAUAUUGUGGAUGAACAGUUGAAACCUCCAGGGUUCAAAAGUUAUCAAGAAUUUUAUGAGACAGGCUAUGUGAAAUUAUCUGGAUGUGAAGUUACCAGAGUAAGUUCUGUUGUGUGUGAUAAUAUGAAAAAGUUUGAAGAAAAUGCAAAUACCAUUGAUCAGGCUCAAGAACAUUUGGAACGUUUUGGCGUACCAGAAGAUGCAUGGGGCCUUUUAUGUCCUGAGAGUGAAGUAAAAAGACUUGAACUUCCUAGUAUUAAUGUGGAUAUGGAAGAUGAUAAUCUUGCUAUUCCCGAUUUAAAAGAUUCUCCUAAAGCAGACGUGUGUACGAUAGAAAUUAGAUCGCACAAGAUUUCUAACCAAGACAGACAUAAUAUGAUACGGUCUUUGAAUGAGAAACAAAAGAUGGUUUUCUACAAAAUAAGACAAUGGUGCUUAGAUAAAGCAAAUGGACAACAGGUUCAACCUUUUCAUAUAUUUAUCACAGGUGGUGCUGGAACUGGAAAGAGUCAUUUAGUGAAAUGUCUAUAUUAUGAAGCAACCCGUAUAUUAGCAAGAAUUUUACAUAAUCCUGAUGAUAUUUCAGUGUUGAAAAUGGCUCCAACUGGUGUAGCUGCUUACAAUAUCAAUGGUCACACCAUUCACAGCAUUCUAUCCAUUCCAAUAAAUGCUAAAAUGCCGUAUCAGCCACUUAGUGAAGAAAAAAUAAGUGCUCUUCGUAAUAAGUUAAGUCAAUUGCAAAUUAUAAUAAUCGAUGAGAUAUCAAUGGUAAAUCAGAAGUUAAUGUAUUACAUUCACAGUCGUUUGCGACAAAUAAAACAAUCCCGUGAUCAGACUGCUUUUGGUUGUGUAUCGGUAAUCGCUGUUGGUGACAUGUUUCAGUUACCUCCUGUUUGGGGAAACCCAUUGUAUAAAGAUACACCUGAAGGAUCACUAUGGAAUGAUAACUUCAAAAAAGUAGAACUUGAACAGGUAAUGAGGCAAAAGGAUGAUACAGUGUUUGCUUUACUUUUAAACAGAUUGCGGACGAAAGACUGUAAUGACAUUAUAUGUGAUGAAGAUUUGACAGUGUUAAAUUCUUGUGUAACAGGCGAAGAAUGUGAAGAUGCUCUACAUAUAUAUUCUUGCAACAAACAAGUAGAUGAAUGGAACAAGAAAUUGCUGAAUAAAAAAUGUGUAAAUGUUAUGUGCAUAAAAGCAGAAGACACUGAACGAAAUGCUAAAAACGGGAGCAAAAUCCGUCAAACACCUGUCACACGAUGUAAGAGUCAGUUGCCUAGUUAUCUGUGGAUUGCUGUAAAUGCAAGAGUUAUGUUGCUCAAAAACAUAGAUGUUAGCAAAGGGCUUACCAAUGGAUGUUUCGGAAAUGUAACUGAAAUAAUUAAGGAUCAAACAGAUUCCAAAGUAGUUUGUAUCAAAGUAAAUUUCGACAAAGAAAAUGUUGGUAUUCACUCUCUUGAUAAAUGUGAAGAAUUUCUAGGUAAUAAAUAUACUAGGAAGCAGUUUCCACUCAAGCUCGCUUAUGCAUGUACAAUCCAUAAAGUUCAAGGUUUGACAUUGGACAGAGCGGUGGUAUCAAUGAAAAGAACAUUUCAAUCUGGACAGGCAUAUGUUGGACUAAGUCGAGUGUCUAAGUUAUCAGGACUAGUAAUAGAAAGUUUUGAUCCCAAGAGAAUAUAUUGCAAUCCAGAGAUAAAAGAAAGAAUGAAAGAAAUGAAAGAGUUUAUUGACAAAAAUGAUACUGAAAUCAUUCAACACAACAAUUACACAAUGAUUUUACACAAUAUACAAGGAUUAAGACAGCAUUUUGUGGAUCUCAAUUCUCAGUAUCAAUUUUUGAAUUCUGAAAUCAUUUGUUUGACUGAGACAUGGAUUAAUGAUGAUGAUACGUUUGAUGUUUUUAUGGAUGAUUUUAAAUUGUAUCAUCAACCACGUAGACUUUCAUACAAUGAAUUUGGUACUUCAAGCAAGUUUAAAAAUCAAUCACAUGGCGGUGUUGGAAUGUACAUCAAGAAAGUGAAUUCAAGUAGGUUGAAUAUAUCUAUAGAUAAUUUAGAGUUUAUUGCAACUCUUAUUAGUAGUCAUAUUUCUGUUGUUGUUGCAGUUGUAUAUCGUCCUCCGUCAUAUAAUAUAAAGUCAUUUUGUCAAAGUCUAGCUAAUUUAUUGAAUGAAUUGAAUAAAAGUGGCACAAAAUGUAUUAUAACAGGUGAUUUUAAUGAAGAUUUAUUGAAAGGAACUUCACAGAUACAUCAGUUAAUGUGUACGAAUGGUUACACACAGCAUGUAUUGCAUGCUACUACAGAGAAUGGAACAUUGAUAGAUCACGUUUAUAGUAAAGGAAUCGAUUCAUUGAAAACAGAAGUCAUACCAAUAUAUUAUAGUUAUCAUGAAGCAAUCAAAGUAAAUUUUUAGUAAUCAUCAGAUGAAUUAAGUGAUUUGUGAAUAUAUGAAGUGAAUAACCACUGAUUCUUUACCUAGGAGGAGGGAACUUCCAUUGACGCGUGGAUACCAAGUGCAACUAAAGAAAUG